UCGAACCUUUUCUCCCCGCAGUCAUGGUACUUGACCAUCCUAUUCACCUCGAGGAGGGGGAUGACGAAGAAGACAUCUUCGUCAGUCCUCAAACGCUCUCUACCAUCAGGCUGGAACUUCGGGCGGCUGUGGCAGAUUUAAGUGCCCGGGGUUUAAAGUUAGCUGCGAAGUGGGCAGCCGAGCAGCUUGCUGGUCUGCGGCAACCAUCCACCAAUAUGGAACGCCCUGCAGGGAUUUUCUCGGGGCCCCGAGCCUGGGAGGGAUGGGUGGAGGAGGAGGCGGGCGAGGACGAAGGCACUGCCCCUGCGGAGUUUAGCGACGCUUUUCUGGUGGCCAAGGCGUGCUUUGACACCGGUGAAUACAGACGAGCCGCGCAUGUUUUGCAAGUGGAGAAGGAGGAGGCAGGGAUAGAAGGAGGGAUGGAGGGGGGCGGCGAGGGAGAGGCCUCGCUCCCUGCUCGGACGAUCAAUCAGGAGGAAUUGUUUCUACGGUCUUACGCCUCCUAUUUGGCAGGAGAGAAGGUGAAGAGGACGGAUGGGACUGUGUGUAGAUAG